AACAUCUCAACCGACAUGUAACGUACCACCGAACGCUGCGCCGACUGCGCGCUGCCAACAGCACCAACAAUCAUCAUGAAGAAGACGCUCCUGCUCGUCUUCAUACACGGCUUCAAAGGCGACGACGCGACAUUCCACAACUUCCCCAAGGACCUCCGCGCCCUACUCUCGCACUCGCUACCUAACAUCAACGUCCUAUCCGUACAAUACCCGAAAUACGAAACCCGAGGCGAUUUGAGAGAAUGCGUUGCAAGACUGGUAGAAUGGCUUCAGAACAAAGUAAUCGAUCUCGAAGUCGCGAAUGGCACACCUUCACCCACAGUCGAUCCUUCGGUGCAUGUUGUGCUAUGCGGACAUUCAAUGGGAGGGAUAGUUGCCGCAGAAGCACUUCUCAGUAUCGCAAGAGAUGAUCCAGUCCCCCACUCAGAUUGGAAUCCUUCUGGAAACAACACUACUACGACACCACAGAACGACACCAGCACGCCGCCGAGCGAGACUUCCAGACUUUUCUUUCCAUACAUACGUGCUGUGCUAGCGUUCGAUACCCCAUACCUAGGCAUAUCUCCCGGAGUCCUUGCCCAUGGCGCUGAGGAACAAAUCAACCACGCAUCCACCGCCUACAAAGCUUUCGACACAGCCACCAACUUCUUCGGUUGGAACUCCCCCAAAUCCACCACCCCCAUCGCAAACGCAUCAACUCGAGGUCUCCCAGCACCCGAAGCUACCCCUACCAAACCCGGUGGCUGGGGCCGUUGGGGCAAAGUCGCAGCAUUCGGCGGCGCAGCAGCCGCUCUCGCCGGUGUCGCGGGCGCAGCAUAUCUGAACUGGAACCAAAUCAACCAAGGUCUCGCAUGGGCAGGUAGCCAUUUGGAAUUCGUCGGCUGUCUCGCACGAGGCGCAGAACUGCAGAAACGAGUGGAAAAACUCGUCCGUUUGACUCAAACCUAUGAUCUAGGCUUCGCGAAUUUCUACGGUGCUCUUGGAGGAAGAAAAGGCACAAAUCAAACAAAACAUGCUGGGAAGUUUUUUGGGGGUGGGGAGGAGAGGACGUUUUGUGUCAUUCCUAAGAAUAACAAUCGCAAGAAUGAUGAGAACGGAAAUUCUGCUACUGCUAAUAUGGGCACAAAACAUGGUUUCCCCUCGACAGAAAAGCCAUCGCCUAAGAGGCGGAAACUCAAUGACGACAACGCAGAGCAGGAACGUUUGGAAGCAGAAACCGAACAAGUUCGAGAAUUUGCGAAAGAUUCUUCUAAGGGUAAAGGGACAUGGAUUCGAUGUUGUAAUCAGGCGGCGAAGGAUGAGGUCGCGGCUCACACGGCCAUGUUUGCGCCGGAUGCGAAUCCGGAUUAUCAUGCCAUGCUGCCGAGGGCGAGGGAUCAGAUUGUCGAGUGGAUUGAUAUGGCUUGGUAUGAGGAAUCGGGGAAGGAGGGGAGUGUUGCUGCGGAGGAAAGUACGACGGGUGGAGAUGAGAAUGAGCACGUUGGUGAGGAGGUCGAGGAUUUACUUGGGUGA